AUGCAAUUGACACAACGCAAUCUCAAACGACUUGAACAAGAAGAUUCUCGAUGUAAAUACCAGCGUAUCCAAAUGUUUGUGCAGGAUCAGAAACAAAUACUUGCAUCUUCUGCGUAUGAAAAUAUCCACUUGGCAUCAUCAUCCACCGCCACUACAACAAUGUCCAACAAACCUCGUCGAAAAAAGACAGCUGAAAGGACAAAGAAACAAGCAACAAGACAAAGCUUACAUCAACAUCCUUCAUCACCUCGUCACUCCUCAUCACCUCUUCUUUCAUCCUCUUCUUGUCUUAGUCAACAAGAACAUGAAGAUGAUGUGAGACGCGGCUUUUCAAUCAGACGCAAGAUAUCAGCAAUAUCAUCGGGUGGUGGCAAUAACGAAAAAGAGGAUACCAAGCCCAUGGUAAAACAACAACAACACCAUUCACUACGAGGGUCAUCAUCCAUUGCAUUUUGGCUAUUCUCAAAGUUUCUUUGCAUAUCAACAACAUCCAGAUAG